AUGGACUCCCAAAGCCUCGAGAGGGCGUCUCACUACCUCAACAAUCUUCUCCUUGCUCGCGGUCUUCUUUCGACGGGAAAACCAAUCGAUUUCGCCAGACCCGACUCUGACGGCCGGACGACGGAUACGACCAUGGCCAGAAUCAUCAAUCUUGUCCACGACUUAGUCUUGCGACGCGACGAAGAUGCCGAGCAGCGCGAAAUUCUCGCAAUGAACAUCCGCGCCGCUCGCGCUGAAGGAGCACAGCGUGUGCUUGAUAUCCAGAAACUGCAGGACAAGAACACGGAGCUGGCGCGAGUUGCAGUGUCCGCAGAAUCUCAGGAGCGUGCCUUGAAAACAGCGGCCCGGAAAGCAGAAGCACGGGCAAAAGAGCUGAAGGAGCAGAUGUUGAAAAUGAAAUCCACACUGGACCAAGUUAGAGCCAAAUGCCUGAGUGAUGUUCGGAAACGAGACACCGAGCUCGACAAGUUGAAGGCGCACCUAACCGGGUUGCAGCGCGGGAAGAAGGAAGCGUCGGGGAUUAAGAUCAAUGUGAUCAAUUGGGAGCCGGAUAUCAAAGCUAAGGAGAAGCGAAAUGGAGAGGAUGUCAACUGCACAGAGUGGAGCCUGGAGAAAGAAAGCAACGACUUCCUCGCGGCGGUGUUGAACGAGACUAGCACCGAAAACACUUCACUAAGACGGAUCAUUACCGAUACCAUGGCAAUCCUUUCGGAUCUGACAGGGCUGUCUCAAGCAGCCGAUGAUACCGAAGGGGAAGAGGCAACAGCCAUCCCCGGCCAGUUCCGCAAAUCAAGUCGCGAAAGGGGUUGCUUGAGUCAGGAACUAACGUCCUGUGCCGUCCUGGCAGAUCAGAUGAGCACAAUUUUGGAGCAUUGUCAGUCUAUCCUCAAAGAUCCUUCCUUCGUUCCGAUCGAGGAAGUUCACGUACGUGACGAGGAAAUCAUCAAGUUGAGAGCCGGCUGGGAAAAGAUGGCGACCAAGUGGAAAGAAGCAGUGACUAUGAUGGACGACUGGCGAAGGCGUGCCGGCCACAAUGGGGAAGGUCUGUCGGAUAACGAUUUUGCAGGGUUAGAAUUUGGCGAGGGGGUUGCGAUGCUCCCCAAUGGACAUCCCGUGUUUGGAGCUGACGAAGAAGUGCCAUCUGUUUUGUACGAGAACAGUAAUGCGGGAGACGAGGCCAUACAGGAGGCCGCGAUUAAAGAGAUGCGUCAUCCGUCCCUACAAGGCAGCUUCGAUACAGAGGAUCACCAAGAGUCGGAUCUUGACAUCCCGCCCGAACCUACAACGAAGCGGCUUGCCUCAAGCCCUCGAAAGGCUAGACUAAAUAUUGGGAAACCGGUCCGACCUCUACGGGCAAUCGACCACAAUAUGAACGCGUCGCCAAGGCGCAAUGUGGACAUCAAAUAUUGUUCCAAACAUCCUGCAGAACUGGGGCUUGACCCCUUGGACGGUCAGUGGGAGACAGGGGACGAUGUUUUGCAGCCAAAGGCCGACUUUCGAACAGCGCAAAAGACGCCAACCAAACAUACCUUGAACAAAGAUGAAGACAGCCAGAGACAUGUUCGACGAGGAGAAGAGGCCACGUUGACUGUGGCAGAGAAAUUGGCUGUCGUGGAGGCCGAGGCAUGUCAAGCACGAAGCCGACCACAGCGGACAAAGAAACGGAAGCAGGUUGAUACGCAAAGAGUGAAAAGGGGAUCGGGAAGGAGAAGCACACUAAGUCCGGAAGAACUUGCUGUAUUGAUUGGUAUCGAAUAA